GGAACUUGUGCCGACUCGCAGCACCCUCGACGCCGCCUUCACGUCCGCCGCCUUCCACCUGCCUACCCGCCCCCCUGCCUGCCUCGCUGGAGUACGAUACCUACCUCCGCCGGCUACCCGCCCCCCUGCUACCCUACCCGCCCGCAACCUCCCUACCCGCAGGUCCUGGGGCUACGAGCCCAUCAUCCUGAGCUGCGAGACGGGACAGGGGGUGGAGCAGGUGGCGCAGCUGCUGCAGGGCCGCAUAUCCGCUGUUGCGGGUCCCUCCGGCUCCGGCAAGUCCUCCCUCAUCAACAGCCUGCGGCUGGGGCGGCACCGACCCGACCUGCUGCUUUCCAGGGAGGGGGACGCCAAUGAUGACCCACGGGUCACUGAUGCCGCUGAUGAUGAUGCUGCGGAUCGGGAGCUUGUGGCUCUAGAGGAGGCGGAGGGAUGCGGGGAUGAAGAGGAAGGAGAUGAUGAAACAGCUGCCAACGCAGCAAUGACACACGGGAAGAAAGGAGGGAAGAAGAAGAACCGUGGAGGAGAAGAGCAAAAUGGCAAGGAGGGGGGAGGAUCUUCGUCGGCGCAAAAGGGCGCCGACGUCAGUGACCCACGGGUCAGCGGCGGCAGCAGCAAGGGCGGAGCUGAUGGUGACGCGGCUGCUGCUGCGGAGUUCCUGGCGGUGGGCGACCUGUCUCGUACGGGACGCGGCAUGCACACGACGACUGCCGUACGGCUGCUGCCGCUGCUGGGGGGUGGCUGGCUGGCGGACACCCCGGGGUUCGGACAGCCCACCCUGGAGGACAUCCCCUCCUCCCAGCUGGCCUCCUGCUUCCCCGAGCUAGCUGCCCGGGUGGCCGCCUCCCCCUGCCGCUUCAGGGACUGCAUGCACGUGGCGGAGCCGGGCUGCACAGUACGACAGGCGCUGGAGGCGGCGAUGGAGGAGCGGGAGCGGGAAGAGCAGCGGGAAAGGGAGGCGGCGGGGGUAAAGGAGGAGGAGGAGGUGGUGGCAGGGAAGGCGGGCGCGGAGGGAAGGGGCCAAGCAGCUGAGGCGCCGGCGGCAG